AUUUCGGAUGCAAGGUCAGUAGCGUUAGGUUGUUAUUUGUUGGUUAUGUGCCCUAUAGGUUAUGAGGAAAAUUUGAUAGAGCGGGGUUUAGUUGGAAUCUUUAGGCUGCACUUUAGAGUUAUUGGUGAAUGAUGGCUAAGACAGGAAAAGCCAAAAAGAAAAGUUGUAAGGAUAAAAACAAGACGGAGGAUUCGGCAGAGAGAGAAAAACGCUUGCAGAUCCGAAGAGAAUGGGACAAACAAUGUCGAAAGCUCGAAACCCCAGAGCAGAGAGAGCGACGGCUGCAGAUGAAAAGAGAUAGCAGGAUCAGGUUGCGAGCAAUGGAAACUCCUGAACAGCGCGCGAUUCGAUUAGAAAAGGCAAGGCUCUGGAGAAAGAAAGUACGCGAGAAGGAAACGCCGGAGCAAACAAGGGAGAGAUUAAACAAACGGAGGAAGGGAAACACGAUUGUUAAAGAUCCUGAUAUCCCGGGGGAUUUCAUGUGGCCAUGGCGUAAAUUUGUUUUUGCUGACCAAAUCACGAGGAAGAUGGCCACGACCUCAUCGUGUAAAGUGUCUUCUGACGACGGUUGUGCGACUGCAUCUCCACCUGACGGGGUUCCCUGCAUCGAGAUACUGGAGACGACGCGGAUAGAAUGGAUCCCCUGUCUGUGAGUGACGCGUCCGGCGUGCCGCCUGCCACCGGCGCUCCAGCUGCCGUCCAGGUGGUGGCUCCUCCGCCGGCCACGGUGACCGCCGUAAGAAACCCUCUGCGCCUGGUGAGGCCGCCCAAGGUGACGGGGCGGCUGAUCCGUCCGCAGGUGGUGUCGGUGGUCAGUGCCGGCGGCAGGACCCAGACCCGCGCCCUGCCCGUGGUGAAGAUACCAGUGGGCGCCAUGUCGGCUGUGACGUCGUCCAUGUUUGUGAUCAAACCACGGCAGCCGAGCCCCGAACAGAAACAGGCUGAGGUCGUCGCCACGCAGCCUGUGCCCGUGUAUGAGACAUCGGCCACGGUGCUGCAGACACCUGAAUCAGAGGAGAUAUGUCAAUCGACCGUAAUAAAGGAGAUGGUGCCACACUCGUUGCAUCAAGCUCACAAUCAACCUGCUUACCAGGAGCAGACACUGCAGACUCUCCAUGAACUUCAGCCCCCACCGUCUCAAGUUUCUGACAUUUGUGUACAGCCGGUGUCGCAAGAAAUUCAACUGCAGCAGCAAUCAUCGGACGCAAUUCAGCUUCAACCGCUGCCCGUGGAGACAAAAUGUCGUGACCCCCUUGGAAACGUCACCCAGGAGCCACGAAUUGUCCAAGGCAGUGAAGUAUCGUACACCUUGGUUACGGACAAAGUUUUGCACGGCGACGAAUCGCGGAAUGCUGCGGAGCACAUGCCGUUUGACCAAAUAGACACUGUUCCUGAGGUUGACGAGAACUGCGAGUCUCCUGUUAACGACGGCGACAACACGGUAGCUGCGGUUGCGAAGGUCGAAGACGACGAUGAAGAUGACAUGCCGCUAGCUGCUCGCAAAAGGAAGUCUGCCAGCCGAGGCAGGGGACGUAAGCGCCCGCGUUCUUCGUCUGUGUCCGCCGCAUCACCCCCUGCAUCACCCGCUGCACACCCUCCACCAGCGUUCUCCUGCACCGACUGCAACGAGAGCUUCGCUGACCGGCUAGCGCUAGCUGCGCACGAGCGUCGCCAUGGGGACCAGACGUUUACAUGUAGCGAGUGUCAGCAAACGUUCACCCAGUCAUUGGCGCUUCGGCGCCACAAGCUGCGUCACGGCCAGCCCCAUAGGGCGAGGGCAGCAGGCCGACGUCAAACCAAAACGCCCAGCCGGUACCUGGAUUCUGUUUGGGCGGAGGUCGGUAUUCGGCGUAGGGGCGGCGGCGUUCGAAAGGAAGAGAUGGUUACGUGCGGGGUGUGUGACAAGGAAAUGGUGCCUGAAGAGGCUGCUAACCACCUCAGGCCGCCGGCCUCCGGAGAGUAUUUCCUCUGUGAACAGUGCGGAAAAACGUUCGGCCAGAAGUGUCAGCUGAGUCGCCAUGGGUGUCGCCUUCCGGGAACUGGCCGAAUGACUGGGAAGGGUAACAAGCAGAAGGGUUCGCGUGUGCCAGCCGAUGCUGUGGUGCCGAAGGUUGAAGAGCCUGAUGCCGAAUCCCAGCAUGAUGCUGAUGACUACUCCGACGGGGACGCGAAUGAGGGAGCUGACAGUGUCGCGGCGGCCGAUGACGAUGGCGACGCCGAUGAUCCGGCUGCCGCUGACGCUACGUCCGCGACAGAUACUGGUGAUGGUCAACUGACCUGCGAUGUUUGUCAGAUAAACUUUGUCAGCCAGCGAAACCUUAACCGCCAUCGUGCUCAGCACGAGAGCGGCACGCGAUAUUCUUGCGAGGUGUGCGAACAGUCUUACGCCCGUCUCGAUGAUCUGACGCGUCACACACGCUCAGUCCACAACCAAAAGCGUCAGUUUCGCUGUCCAGGAUGCAUGCGGCGAUUCACACAGAAACGUAUCGUGGAGUAUCACAUGCGCACGCAUGAAUCGUCGCGGAGACGUGGACGUACGGUAAAGAAGGGCAACCGUCUGAAGAAAGAGAACGGUGAACUUGAGGACAUCAAGGAUUCACCUGGACCAGGACCGGUGAAGUACACGUGUGAAGAGUGUGGCGCGGGAUUCGACACCCGUCGGCGCUUCAUCCGACAUCAGCAGAUGCGUCAUGAUGCCGAGGCUCCGCGUUACGAGUGCGAGGUGUGCUCCGCCACAUACACCCGCAUAGAUGAGCUUACGCGUCACUCGAUCCAAAUUCACCACCAGAAGAAGACGGUACCUUGUCCCCGGUGUACUCGACUGUUUACUCAGCAGCGUAUCGUCGACUAUCACGUCCGCGGCCACGACACGAAGCGGGUGUACAACAGGGUACCGCGGCCGUACCGGUGCGAAACGUGCCAGCGCAGCUUCAGUACCGAGGCGCUACUCGUGCGGCACAAUUGUCGCGACAAGACGAGCACCCAGCGCUGCGUUUGUGACAUCUGUGGUCGAGGCGUCAGUUGCCCGCAAGCUCUGCGCAGACACCGUCUCCAGCACCUUGAAGAGAGGCCGGCAAAGUGUGACACAUGCGGGGCUGCUUUCAUCGACGAUGUAGCGCUGUCGAAGCACGUGCUGACCCACUCUGAUGAGAAACCCUUCCUCUGUGACCACUGCGGGAAGGGGUUCCGUUUCAAGGACUAUUUGGUUCGACACACUCGGUUUCACACGGGAGAAAGACCGUAUCCGUGCAGUGCAUGUGAUAAGCGCUUUGCUACAAGCGAUACACUGCACCGUCACUUCUUGAUCCACACGGGCGAAAAGCCGUACGUGUGCGAGUUGUGUGGUCGUCCAUUCCGGCAGGCGCAGCAGCUGAAGACCCACAUGAAGAUACAUAACAGAUACUCACCGUCCUUCACUACUCAGCAGGGCAGUAGUCAACGCAGUCGCAGCUUCGCCAACGCCAAGCCAGCUGCUUCGGCGCCUACUCAACUACGGCUGACUGAAUUGACCAACGCCAGCGGUGCGCCUGAAGUGCCCGCCACCGGCGCUGCGCUUCUGGUGGCGGACGAGGGUGGCCAGCUGCGUCUUGUCGAGGAGGGACACGCCGAUGUGACCCUGCAGGAGAUACACACCUUUGAGACGCAGGUGUUGUGAUUAGAAUGCCCAACAGGCCGAACAGUCAGUGACCGCGAGACAUGAUUCGCUGAGCGCCUGCGCCGUGCCUUUGGAUGGAGGAUGACUUUUACUGUGGAGUGGUAGCAGUAAGUGGUGAAAAAGACCGACUUCUGUUUUAAUUAAAGGGAUUGUCAAAACGACAAUCCCUCGUUUUGUCUUUGUUUGACUUGCCAUUGGUUUUGGCUGAUCCAGUCUCCAUGAAACUGACUGCGUGUUUUUUGGUAGGCUUAGUUUUGAAUGGUGUGUUUAGUUGGGCUAGCGUCUGUAUGUAUUGUACAUACAACCAGUAUGUAAGUACAACUCUGUCGAUAGUGAAUGUACCGAACUGUUCGCUACAUGCUGCACUUGUAGUUUGUGUCCAGCGCAUCCAUUUUGCGCUUCAUAAUUUAUUAAUUUAGCGCAAACCGUUGAAAUUGCUGUGUUGCCUGUUUCCGGUUUGGCUAGUAGUGACAGCAACUCACUCGUUUGGGAUAGGCAUGCAUACUUUCUUCAUGUCGUAGCAUCAUUCUAGCUUUGCUUCCUGUUCUGUCAUCCCUUGAUAAUAGUUUCAUAUGUAUAUGACCAGUUAGUUUUGUUGUACAGGCUCGUGUAAAUCCUAAGGGCAUGGCAUGGAUUGUCAACGACCGUUGAAUUUGCACCUCGGGUUUGAUUGUGUGGGGCGGGCAUUAGUCGUGUAAGUGUUCGUGCUGCCAGCUGUCGAUUCUCUCGAGUGUUCCGUUAACAUGGCAGGUGCUGCAGCAACGCUAGUUACCACAUGAAAUAUAACGGUUUUUGAAA